AUGUUCGGGCCCAUUGCUGCUUUCACGAGCGUCCUCGCUUUGUUGGCACUAACGCCAGUCGCCGCAAGGUCGAUGCUCCUAGACUCGGCGACCAUACUCGAGCGCACCGAGCAGGUCAAGGACUCAUACGACUAUGUCAUCGUUGGCGCUGGAACCGCGGGAUUCCGUACUGUAUCGGACGCGAUCAUUGAGGCCGGCGGCGGUCGCUGGUUCAACGACCCCGGCAUCCAGUACAAUAUCACAUCGACCCCGCAGCCCGGGAUGAACAACCGCACGCAAUUUGUCUGGAUCGGGUGCUGCGUCGGCGGUAGCUCGGCCAUCAACGGUAUGGUCAUGGUGCGUGGGACAAAGGUCGAAUACGACGGCUGGGCGGAGCUGGGGGGGCCGAACUCGACUUGGAACUGGGACGGUGUGCUGCCUUAUUUCAAGAAGGCUGUGCAUUUCACACCUCCCGAGGAGGAGAUUGCUGAGACGUUCAACAUCACCUGGGACCCGAAUGCUUGGGGUAUGGAAGAGAAAACGAGGGUCUUUGCGUCGUUCCCCGAAUACCAGAACCCUUGGUUGAUACCCACGUACCAGGCCGUCAAGAAGAUGCCGCGAAUGGAUGUCCCUCUCGAUGGCGCGGGCGGUGACAACGGCCUGUUCUGGUUCCCGUCCUCGAUCGACCCCAAGCGUUACCGGAGAUCGUACGCUCGCACCGGCCACUACGACGGCAUCACUCGUCCCAACUAUGAGGUCAUCACCAGGCACAAAGUCCGGAAGAUUCUUUUCGACGGCACAACGGCAACUGGGGUCGAGUUCACCUCCCGCGAUGGCGACGCCCAGCCCAUCACGGUGAAGGCCACCAAGGAAGUCAUACUCGCCGCCGGCGCAGUCCACACCCCACAGGUCCUACAACUCAGCGGUAUCGGAUCGAAACCCCUCCUCGACGAGGCCGGCAUCCCGGUGCUCCUCGACAUCCCUGGCGUGGGCCAGAACUUCCAGGACCACGCAUACCUCAGCGUCGGCUACGAAUGGCGCAAUGGAACGCCCUCGGGCCCGGACGUCCCCGGGAACGGCGACCCGUCCAGCGUCGCUGCCCCGAACCUCGGCGCCUGGGUCGGCCUGCCCACGAUGACGUCCGACUUCGAGGCCAUCGCGUCCCGUUACGAGGCUCAGAACCCGGCGGAGUUCCUGCCGGAGAACACGCACCCGACUGUGGUGGCCGGCUACGCCGCCUUCCAAGCUCUCCACGCGAAGCUCCUACGCGACAAAAACAUAAACGUCAUGUGGCUGCCCCUGUCGGGCGGCGCGGGCGGCAUCGUCAUGGCCAUGCACAUCGUCAGCCACGGGACCAUCAACAUUGACCCGUCGGACCCGGAGGGCGAGCCGGUGGUGGACUACCGCGCGCUCAGCAACCCCGUCGACAUGGACAUCAUGGUCGAGAUUGUCGAGUUCAUGCGCAAGUACAUGGCCAGUCCGGACUUUGCAGGGUACCAGCCAUUCGAGACGUCCCCGGGGGCGAACGUGACGGGCGCGGCGUUGAGGGAAUGGAUUCGAGGCCAGUAUAUCCCGACCAACUUCCACCCGAUCGCGACGGCGGCCAAGAAGCCCCUGGAGAUGGGCGGCGUUGUUGGUGAGGAUUUGUUGGUGCACGGGGCGCGGAGACUCAGCGUUGUGGAUGGGAGCAUCAUGCCGCUGCUGCCCGGGGCGAACACGCAGCAGACGGUUUACAUGUUGGCGGAGAAGGCUGUCGAUCUGAUCAAGGCGAGGCAGUAG